AUGUCUACGGUGAUUCUACCACCUGUUCCUCCUUCCCCAAAAGACGAUGCGAUGCAACUUCACCGUGCUUUCAAAGGUUUUGGGUGUGAUACGAACGCUGUUAUCAAUAUACUUGCUCAUAGAGAUGCUGUACAAUGUGCCUAUCUCCAACAAGAAUACCGAUCCAUGUAUUACGAAGAUCUUCUGAAACGAUUAUCUUCCGAGCUAUCUGGCAAAUUGGAAAACGUUGUUCUCCUUUGGAUGCACGACCCUGCCGGACGUGAUGCUGUCAUCCUUAGGCAGUCUCUCACCGUCACCAAAGUUCUUGAAGCUGCCACCGAAGUUAUUUGUUCCAGAACUCCAGCACAGCUUCAAUAUUUAAGGCAGAUUUACCACGCUAAAUUCGGCAUUUUUCUUGAUCAUGAUAUCGAAAGAAAUACAUCUGGUAAUCACAAAAAGCUUUUACUUGCAUAUCUAAACACACCACGCCAUGAAGGCCCCGAGACUAAUACAGAUAUGGCUGACAACAAUGUCGUCCUUCUCUACCGAGCAGGUGAGAAGAAACUCGGGACCAAUGAGAAAAUUUUUGUGCAGAUAUUUAAUGGACACAGUGCAUCACAGUUGGCUGCCAUAAACCAGUGUUACAACUCCAAGUAUGGACAUCCAUUGAAAAAGGCAAUAAAUAAGGAAACAUCAGGGCAUUUUGCUCAUGCACUUUCCACAAUAGUCCAAUGUGUCGAGAAUCCUGCUAGGUAUUUCGCUAAGGUACUAUGUAAGGCAAUGAAAGGGUUAGGGACCGAUGACACAAAACUUAUCAGGGUGAUUGUAACAAGAAGUGAGAUUGAUCUACAUUAUAUCAAAGCUGAAUAUUUAAAGAAAUAUAAGAAGACACUAAAUGAUGCAGUUCACUCAGAAACAUUCGGCAACUACAGGGCUUUUCUUCUCGCACUUUUAGGUCAAAACCGAUAG